AUGACGACUGGACACUCUUCUUCGUCUCCCGCCGCUUGCCUUGCUGUCAAGAUCGUUCCCCGCAAGCGCAAGUUCGAGUCCCGCAACCGCCGCCCCCCCACUCUCGACUCCGCCGACGCCGUCCGCGCCCUCAUGCACCUCAGCCAGCGGGAGGCAGCGGAGCAGCUCGACAUCUCCCUCACGGCGCUCAAGAGCGCGUGCAAGAAGAUGGGGAUAACGGGCUGGCCGUACACGCGCAAGGAGAAGCUGGCAGCCGCCAAGGAGCAGCAGGCGGAGAAGGAGAGCGCGUCAUUGAUGGAGGAGGAGGAAGAGAGGGAGAGUCUGACGAGGAUAUUCCGGACAUGGCGGACGAUGGAGAUGCUGGAGGAGGUGAUAGGGCUGAUUGAGUAG